AACCCUGUAGAGCGCACACGUGACUGAAGUGACCGCUGCGUGCGGCUACUCUACUACGAGUUCCCGGCUGCAACGCCGCCAAAGGCGCUUCCUUAUUUCGGCUGGUUCCUGAUAUUCUAUUGUACAACGCUCCAAGCUGCGUUGAAAACGGCAUCUCGCAGGUCGCACUUCUCGUGGUUGUCUCUCACGCUCUGCAUGCGACUGCAGUUACCGCAAAUCGUCGGCCAGUACGAGCUAUACUCACGAGCCGGUUGAUGGCGUCGGGCGAUCAACCAUCCUGCAACUUGCAGCUGCAUUGUUCUGCCACUGCAAGUGACAGCCCUGCCUCUGCAAAGCAAGCUAACAGCAUUUCAAGUUCAGAAGAUGUCCCUUCCAGUGCACGGCUAAGGGACAGCAUCACUGCUGCACCGCAAAGUAACAGCACUGUAAAUGCACAGCAGAGUGACAACACUGCACUGCAAAGUGACAGCACCGUCACUGCAACGCAAAGUGACAGCGCCACUAAGACACUGCACAGCAACACUACUGCACUCAAAAGGGACGUCCCUGCCAAUACACCGAAGCGGUUCAGUCACUCUGCAGUGGGACCCAUUCGUAAAAAAACUUCCAGUAACCCCCGGCUCCCUCCAGAGCAGCAAAGAGUGUGCCCUUCUGUAAUUGUGCAUAAUUGUAGGGAUGGCACACCACGUUCCAGACGGACAGUGACACAGCGUUCACACAUUGUUCGGAGAUGCCUCACGCCGCAUCCAGUUCAUGACUCAUCCUUCUCGGAGAGCAGCUCCGAUUCAACGUCCUCAGAUGACUGUGCUGAACUAAGGCGCCUGUGCCGUUCCCAGGAAGAUCUUUCCAUUAAGAACUGCCUGGAAUCUGAAUGGCAAGUGCCACUGUACAAUCAUACAGCUGUAUGUCCCCCUCAGCUGCAGCAUGCUCCAGGAUCUGAGCAGCAGCUCCCAUCCAGUGAAACUCUUGCUUCACAUUGUCCCCCAAUCUUGCCGCUUCCUCCAGAACCCAAAUUGCCAUUCUAUGAUCCUCACGUUCCACCACCGUCGUUUGUGCCACAGUCUCCAGAGCCAAAGCUGCCAUUCUAUGACCCCCGUGUUCCACCUCCCUCGUUAUUGCAGACUUCUCCUUUGUCAUCCACCGGGGACAACUUAGGAGCAGUGCCCUCGUUUGCACAGACCUCACCUUUGUCUACACGGGACAGCUUAGGAGCUGUGCCCUCGUUCGCACAGUCCUCACCCUUGUCUACGCGGGACAGCUUAGGAGCAGUGCCCUCGUUCGCACAGGCCUCCCCCUCGUCUACACAAGACAGCUUCGGAGCAGUGCCCUCAUUUGUACAGACCCCACCCUUGUCAUCUACAUGGGAGAGCUUUGGAACAGUGCCCUCGUUCACACAGACCCCACCCUUGUCAUCUACACGGGAGAGCUUUGGAGCAGUGUCCUCAUUUGCACAGAAUUCACCCUUGUCAUCUACACAGGACAGUGCUGGAGCAGUGCCCUCGUUCGUACAGACCUCACCCUUGCCAUCUGCAUUUGAAAGCUGCAGAGCGGUGAAAGAGUUGACACCGGUGAAGCGGGUUACUGAUGAAGAAUGGCCACUUGUCAAAAGAAGCCGUUCCAGUCCAGAGUGUGUUGACCCUGAUCUGUCCACUUCUCAACCGCAAGUCUUCAGAGGUGGCCUGCAGUGGCGUGGUCCAAGUACCUACAGGAUGUACUGUGCGCAGCAAGAUAAGGAUGGUGACAAAGAUCGGCUUGCCCUCAACAUGUUCUGCUAUCAGGAGGAAGACACAGCAGAAGUGGUGUUCAGACCCAAGCCUGCCUCUCACACUCCACAGGCCACUGCACUUACGCGUGGUCAGCGGUUGCGACGGCGGCUCAGCCGUUGGGCACCUUCUUCUACUGCCACGCGGUCCUCAGAGGUGGCGCUUACGACAUCACCCAUUGUUCCUCUGCUCUCCAAGCAGAUGCCGUACUCGCUUCCAGCAAAAGUGGGCCUUGUGGACUCUCAUUGCCACCUAGACUUCAUAUUCAGUCGAGUCGGCCACUCCGGAACGUAUGCCAAGUUCCGCCUCAACCACAGAGACACAUUUCCAGACUGCUAUGAAGGUUGUGUGGCCAACUUUUGCAACCCAGCAACAUUUAGGCAGCGCCACAUCUGGAGUUACCUGCUGUCAGAGGAUGGUGUUUGGGGUGCCUUUGGAUGCCAUCCUCACAUGGCCAACGAGUAUAACAUGGACAUUGAGGAGGACCUUGUCCAUGCCCUUGACCAUCCUAGUGUGGUAGCUCUUGGUGAGAUCGGCCUUGAUUACUCGUACAAGAACCAGUGCAACCACGGAGUGCAAAAGGAUGUCUUCCGGAGGCAGCUGCAGUUGGCCCUCAACCGUAAGCUGCCACUGGUGAUUCACUCGCGGGACUCCACUGCAGACACCAUCGAGAUCCUCAAGGAGCGGGUGCCAAGGGACUACCUCAUUCACCGUCACUGCUUCACGGGAAACUGGCAAGAGGCGCAGGAGUGGCUUGAUGCAUUCCCCAAUCUGUGCUUGGGCCUCACCCCGCUAGUGAGCUUCGACAGAGUGGGUCCACUCAUUGAGGUCGCCCGCAAGAUUCCCCUCAACCGUUUGUUACUGGAGACAGACUCACCUUACUUCCUUCCAAAAGAAGAGUCGAAAAAGCUUCGUUGUUCACAUCCAGGCAUGGCCAUACACGUGGCCACGCGGGUUGCAUCUCUUCGAAACAUUCCUGUCGAUGUUGUCCUGGCCGCGGUCCGUGAGAACACGAAGCGCAUUUACAGCAUAUGACAUCGAAGACAUCUUCACAUCAUCAAGCUCACGUGGCAUGCAGUGUUCCUCUGCAUCUAUUGUGUUGUGAAAGUGAAAGCUGUGUGUGUGUCAUGUUCCUGUUGCACUGAACGCAGAACUGCUGAAAGCCUUUGAUUAAGUAUGUUCUUGAAGGACCUGUUAACCUUUCAUCAUCAUCGAUGUUGCCCCUGCUCACAGCGAGACGCUGAUUUGGUGCAGUUGUUGUUGAAGUAAGCACUGUGCUUCUCUAGUCAGAUCAAUGAAUUAUACUAUGGAGGCAGAAGCCCACCUGCCUUGUGAAAA